AUGUACGGCCCGAGUCGUAAGCGCUCGUUCGAUGACAACGACCGCGAGGGUGGCUACAAGCGCUCGCGCGUGGAUGACCGCUAUGGAGGCUCCAGGCGCUUCGACCGACGUGACCGUGACCGCUUCAACGAGAGCGAUCGCGCACGUGCGUGGCGUCUGGCCAAGAAGGCAGUCGUGGAGCUCGGAGACGGUGUAGAGCGCGAGCAGCUCUCACGUACCAGCGAUCUGCUUCUGCGCGAGCUAGAGCCGGAUGCUCAAGACGUGAAGCUUGGUCAUUUGGCCACGCUGGUGCUCCGUGGCGCCUCGCGUCUGGCUCACAAGACGGCGCUGUAUGCGACGCUCGUGGGUCUCGUAAAUGCUCGCAAACCCGCAUUUGGACGCGAAAUCGUGGCCGGAGCUACGCGCUCGCUGCAGAGAGAUGUGGAUUUCCUCAGUCUUGAGAACGUUGAAGAGUCUGACACGCCCGACACGGACGUACUGCGUCGGGAUGGAGAUGUGAAUGGAGUCGCCACGAGAGUGAGACUUACAGUGAGACUAUUGGCCGGAUUGGUGGCUGCUAAAGUGUGCAAGGCCGAGGAUGUGCUGGCUAUGCUGGACUCACUACAGGGACUGUGCACACCUGACGAUUGGGACGCAGACGACGAGACUCAUGCGUCUCUAAGAGAAAGGGAGGACGCGGCAGCGUGGAAAGAUUUCUUCGCGUCUGUGGUGCUGGAUGCGUUGUUGCACAGUGGGAAAUCUUUGGCUGCUGCGUCCGAGAAUUUGUUUGACAGUUUAUUGAGUCGAUGCAGAGAGUACGUCUCGCAUCGUGAAGAGGAGAACAAUCCUCGUGGGUCCAGUGCCGGUCCGUCUUCAUGGCGGACGAGACGCUUGCAACUGGAUCUGCUCUGGGGACCUGAGAGUGACGAUGAGUUGCCUGCGUUGUGCGCGUCCAGUGACGCGCUAUCACUUGUCUGGGACGCGUUGAACGCUGUUAGGAACGGAGAGGGAGACGACAAGUGGAAGCUGCCGGGUAUCAACCAUCCACAGGAUGCUUUCGCUACGGACUUUGCCAACUCCGAGACGCAUACGCUGGCAGUGUCACUGUCUAUCGACCUGACAAAGCUCGACGCCAACAAGAUGCCAGCGUAUACAACCUGGUUCCGAGUUCUGUCGGACGAAUCUGGAGCUGCUGGUGCGGCAAUUGCGACGUUGCCAUUGGCCUCGUACCUCAUCGCACGCAGCCACUUUAUUGACGCACUGGAGACAUCACACCCGAAACCUGCUAUUGCUGCCAAGUUGCUGCUGGGUCUGUGCAAAGCUUAUAACGAUCGCUUCGCUGCGACGCAGACCGAAGGAGCUACUCCCGUCAAGAGCGAGUAUUUGCUGGUGGAGACGCUGUUAGUGGCUGCUCUGAGUGAGAGUGGCAAUGCCAAGUUGGCGUACUACUGCUCGGUGCUGUAUCAUCUCGUCAAGACCGAUGCUCGUGUCGUGUCUCCUGCCCUGGCUGUUGUAGUGGAGCUUCUGUUCCGUGAAGUGCCGACGAUGAGAGCAGCUGCUGUGGACUCGUUCGUGCUGCUCUUGAGUCAUUUCCUGUCCAACUUUGAGUUUAAAUGGCGUUGGGCAGCCUGGUCGUACGUGCUGGAAGCCAGCGAGGACGACCCGCAGCGUCUGUUUGUCAGCGCUGUCAUUGAGCGCUGCGUGCGUCUCUCGUAUCUGCAGCACAUGCAGAGUGCGCUACCUGCUGAGUUCCACGUGCUGCUGCCGCCUGCACCCAAGCCUCGUAUCCGCUUCCAGAUCGUCAAGGAGGAAGACGCCGCUAGUGCUCCUGCCGCAGCCAGUCCUGCGUCUGAUUUCUACCAAUCUGUGACAACUAAGCUCAAGGGCCAUCCGCCUGCAUCUGCACUGCGCUCUUGGCUGAACGAAGAGCUUCCGCGUCUCGAGAUCUCGCGUGCUGAAGCUGUGGAAGUUGUGUGGACUUGUAUCCUGGAAGCGGGUGCCGCCACGUUCACGCACAUGCGUCUGCUAUUGGAAAAGUACGGUAAGCGCAGCGAGCUGUUCGGUGGCGACGAGCAAUCGGCCGAGGAGACGGAAGCUGACGAGCUUGUGGUGGUCAAGACUGUGGCUUCUGUGUGGCUCAAGUCGCCUCAACACAUCGGACUGAUCCUGAACUCGAUGCUGCGUCAAGGUCUGCUCCGUCCGGCGACGAUCGUCACGUGGGUGUUCACUCCUGACGCCGUGCAGCAGUACAGUUGGCCGUACGUGUGGGAGAUCUUGAACGACACGCUCAAGUUUGUACAGGACGCUAUUGCUGCCAAGACGCAGCAGUUGGAGCAGGCUUCGGCACCCAGAUCUUCGGACGACCGCGACAACGAGGAGAUGCCGGACGUUGCCGCGCUUGAGGACGGUCGUAAGCGGCUGCAGGAUGAACUGCGACAGCUGCUGGUGAUGCUGUUCCGUGGGCUCAACCGCGUGAUUACAGAGCACAAGGCCGAAUGCGACUCUGAGGGCUCAGACCCGCGUGACAACUGGUUCCGUAGUGCGCUGGCUCAGAUGCAGGCUGUGGGUCUCCGACACCGUGUGCCGCUUGAGGGCGCUCUCGACGAACUGCAGCUGGAGGUGUUCAGCGUCAGUGCCUCGGCUGAUGUGGACGCCACGAAGAUCUUCCAGCUUAUUCGUGACUCGUAUCGCAGCGCUUGAUCAACCUGACUAGAAAGAAGAGAAACAAGAAGAACCGAUUGACAUCACAGGCGUUGAGUAAGUCGCCUCAACACAAGAGAAGUACUAGCAUUGCUCGUUU